AUGGCUAUGCAAACUGGAAUCGGCGUCUCUAGGAUCCUCAUCCUUGCCGGAGCAGGAUACACUGGUACGAUCAUGCUUAAAAACGGUAAAUUAUCUGAAUUAUUGGGUGAACUUCAGUCCUUGGUGAAGGGGGUGGAACCUGGGGAACAAGCUGACGGUGAUUCUGACCACUCUGAUGCCAUUGCCCAACAGGUGCGUCGGUUGGCAAUGGAAGUUCGGCAGCUGGCCUCUGCACGUCAAAUAACAGUUUUCAAUGGAAAUUCAGGCAAAAUGGGUAAUGUCACUGGUCUCAUAGUUCCAGCUGCCGCCUUUGGGGCAUUGGGUUAUGGUUACAUGUGGUGGAAGGGUCUAAAAUUCUCAGAUCUUAUGUAUGUAACAAAGCGCAGCAUGGCAAGUGCUGUUUCAAACUUGACAAAACAUUUGGAGCAAGUAUCUGAGGCUCUGUCUACUGCCAAGACACAUUUGACACAGAGAAUACAACUUUUGGAUGAUAAAAUGGAGAGUCAAAAGGAGAUUUCAAAGGCAAUUCAAAAUGAUGUCAAUGCUGCCUCUGAAAAUCUUACCCAAAUUGGUUCUGAGCUGUGGCAAUUGCAGUGCUUAGUAACUGGUUUGGAUGGGAAGAUUGUUUCAUUGGAGGAGAAACAGGAUAUUGCAAAUAAGGGUGUGAUGUACCUGUGCAACUUUGUUGGUGGCAAAAAAACGAAAAUGCCUAAAGCUCUGGAGGAUCAGCCUAAACCUUCGGGGAGAACUCGUGCUGCACUCACAUACCAUGAAGUCCCAAGUUUGACGACCGAGCCCAUUUCUGCCUCCUGGUCUGUCAGUACUGCUUUAACUGAAAAUCUUCACGCUCUAAACAUUGAGGACGGUCUAAAGGAGCUUGCAGACAAUUUAUCUCGAACUUUCAGUGAGCCAGCAACUGAUGCUACUCUGCAAGAUGGCACUGAUAAUCUGGAAGACCAGCUAAGAACCCCACGUGAUGAUCAACCAAGAGCUCUGCUCAGAACGGGUGAGUUAGUUUGGCUUUUUGCAGAGAAUGAUGAAUGA